UACUUGUGUUUUUCAGCUUUUAUUUGAAGAGGAUUCAAGAUCCAUCAGUUUUACUUGCUAGUUUAGCUUUCAAUUCAGAAUUUAGUCAUAUACAGAUCCCCCUACCAACUAUCCUUGGUUCUGUUGUUGAAGACUUGAUUGAUAUCAACACUCUUUUUCUCCCAAUUUAUAUGACACUUCAUUUCGGGACAUUACAAAAUAUUUAAUACCAUUUUUCUCUUAUUAAUUCCUUUACUAUGAGGAUAAACUAGUACUACGUUGAUCGUUAAUUUAACACAACACUCUUUAUUCAGGUCUGAGAUUAUCAAAGUAAGUUCACAUAGACCGUUCAUAUGUCUAGGCUCAGUUUCCACGUCAAAGGUGUGAUAGUCUGAUAGACAAAGACCCAACACAUAAGUUUAAAUCAUAUAGUUGAAAUGGAGGAGUGUUAUGCGAUAAGGAGAUACAUACCAGAGUGAAAGAAAGGUUUUAUAAGACAUUUGUGAGACCAAAUGGUAUAUGGCGUGAGUGUUGGGUAUGAGGUUCGACAUAUCGAAAAAAUGAGUGUUGUAAAAAUGUGAAUGGUAGGAUGGUGUGUGGUCAUACAAAACUAGACAAAAUAAGUGAUGAUUAUGAGAAGGUACAAGUAGCACAUGUAGAAGCUAAAAGGAAAGAAGGCACUGAAUUAUAGUUUGGAAAUGUCUAUGUUAGAAGUUCAAAUGCACCAGUGUGACAUCAUGAUGGUUGAAUGUUAAUGGACGAGGUAAACAAUUCAAUCACAUGGACAAAGUUGUAUCGAAGGACCUACAAUUUCUCGAUAUUCUUGUGAAAAUAGCAUAAAACAAAUUAUAAAUGAAGCACAAGAACCAUGGUAAUUCCAAUGACUAUGAUUAAGGUUUAUUUUGUUGCUACACUUAUAUUAAGUAUGUUGUUUGCCAGGAGUCUUUUUAGUUCAUUUCUGAUUUGUAUUUCGAUAGAAAAUAUUGAAAACCUUUAGUAACAGAGAAUCCUUAAUAGUUAUUUGAGUAUUGGAAUGGAACUGCUCCAAAUGGAGCGGAAUGUAUAUUGAGUGUUCAUAUAGCCGACCUCAACUAGUUUAGGUUUGAAGCAUAGUUGUUGUGAAGUACACUCCAACUCAACUUUAAGCAAGUCGGGGCCGGCUAUAUAGAUCCUUAAUGUCCAUAUCACUCCAUAUAAACUGUUGUAAAGUAGUAUUGAAAAUUUGAACUCGGGUAGAGCGGAAUGGUUACAAAGGAACCGUACAUUUGAGAUUAAGGCAUACUUAUUGUUGUACCUUACUAGUAUUGUUUAGAUACCUUUGACAAGUUUUAGGAAUUCAUUUAAUGAAUGGUAGUCAAACUUUUAACGUGGUGUUUUUUCCUUUCACCUAACUCUUAUAACUACUACUAUAUUAUCUUUUAACUACUCUUUUCUAAAUACACAAAUCUUGUCAACUAAUUUAUUUUCGUUCCUAUUCACGAAAAAUAGAAGGGAUGGAGUAUUAAGUUUUUGCAUUCCCUUCUAUUUGUUUCCUGGAAACCAGAUGCAUCUUUUUCAGCAGACACUGCCCCAUUCCCCAGUUACUUGUCUAGUUCUUCAAAAUAUAUAACUAGUCUUCUGCUUUUCUAUCCGAAUGCCAGGGACAUUGAACUUCCCUCUUUAGGGAAUUUUAUGUGCAAAUCAAUGUUACGUCCUCCUUCUGUAUCAUUUUGCUUUUGGUAAUGACUAUGUUUAUCCAAAAUGUGAUACUUCCGUCAGAUAUGGCAGCAAGAACUUAGUUCCCUGUCGUUUUCUAUAACCAACUUAAGUUCCAGGAGCUUUUAUGCCCAAACAUUUAGGAGAUUGAAGAUUUUGUGAUGGAAGAAGGAGAUUCUUCUGUAAGGAGAUGGGAGGACCUUGAUAUUGAUAUCUUGGUGAAGAUACUCCAGUCUUUUGACCUUUUUGAGUUGACUUCCGGACUUGCUCAUGUUUGUAGUGCGUGGCGAUUGGCUUGUUCUGAUCAACUUCUUUGGAUGACGCUGGACUUGUCGAUAUUAAAAUCAAAUUAUAUCAAAAUUCCGUUAGAGCCAUACGUAUAUGUGGACUGUCAGUCUGAUAAAACAUUGACCAGCCUCCUAAAGAUUUGUUUGAACCUCAGUAGUGGAAACAUACGAACAUUAAUCUUCCAUUACAAUUUGUAUGUCAGCGACGAUCAGUUGACUUAUACUGCCGAGAGGUGUCCACGUCUAAAACGUCUUGUUAUGCCUGCUUGGAACAGAAUAAAAAAGACAGGAAUAUGCAGGGCUAUUCAUAUGUGGGAAGAUCUUGAAUCACUGACGAUGCCUAGUAUAGCUAAUCCUCCGUAUGUCAUGGAGGAAAUUGCAAGGAGUUGCAAAAAUUUUGCUGAGCUCAAGAUAAUGGGGCCCUGUGAUAUGCUCUUUGCAUCUACACUGGUAUCAUUUCUUCCAAACUUGAAAGUGUUGAGUGUGAGGUGCACAUUGUUAUCUAAAAGUGCCUUGGUUACUAUCUUGGACGGGUUAAAAAAGUUGGAAGUGCUCAACAUAUCUCAUUGCGUAAUUACUGAAGAUCCUCCACCUGCACCAAAGAAAAUUCUGGCCAAGCUUGAUGAUUCAAUUCUCGAAAAAGCAUCUAGGUUACACAAAUUCCUAACCUGCAUGAGUGACUCAUGCAUCAUGUGUCAGCGCUGUCGAAAUGAUGAAGGGCUGAUGAGGUGGUAUAAGUAUGAAGAACUCUGGAAAGUGGAUGAGGUGAGAUCUCUUGCAAUUUGACAACUUUAAGAAUGUUUUGAUUCAUGAGUUGAGAUCCAGUAAAAUAUGUAAAACUUUGUGUAUAUGAAACAUAAUAAAACCUAGUCAUCUUGAAUGGACGUGGAUCAGCAUCCAGUUUGCUAGCAGCAAGUAUUAUCCUUUUGGUGGCAAAAGGGAGAGUAGCUUUGUAGCAUAGGGAGACAUAUAAACUGAUCUUCCAUGUAGCGUAAUGCUACUUCUGUGUUGUAAUUUUGUAAGUUUUUAGUCUAUUCUCUUUGACAGACUUGUAUCCAUUUACAUAUGUAUUGCCAAGCAUUGUAAGCUCACUUUUCUUAUUUCUAUCACUAUUUUGGGAGUUUCAUAUUUAAA